GUUCAGUAUCAGGUCGUAGUGAAAAUGGAUAUGACAUUUCCGUCAAUUCAUAUUUCGAAGAGCUAAAGUAGUAAGAGUCCUUCUUUAGAGCUACUUUUUUCGUAACUGUGCUCUAUAAAUAAAAAAAAAUUAAAAUAACAAAUCCAAAAGAAUUAAAAGGUUAAUUUAGUUUAUUCAGACUUUAAUAACUAUGUGAUAUUCUUAUUGUAGUGAAUAAUGCUAACCAAGCUCAUUAGUUACUUCGCAAUCCUCACAUUGGUCUUAGCGGAUUUCUACAGUUCGAGAUAUGAUGAUUUUGAUAUUCAGCCACUAUUAGAGAACGACAGGGUACUGAUAGGUUACACCAAGUGCUUCCUCGAUCAAGGACCUUGCACCCCGGAGGCAAAAGACUUUAAAAAAGCAAUACCAGAAGCGGUUGAAACGACAUGUGGCAAAUGUACUCCGAAACAAAAAAGUUUAAUUCGAACAGUGAUAAGAGCUAUAAUGGAUAAGCACCCUGAAGCUUGGGAGGAACUUGUUGAAAAGUAUGACAAAAAUAAGAAAUAUAGAGAGAACUUCAAAAUAUUUAUAGAAGGAAAUGAUUAA